AUGGCCGAAAUCAAAAUUAAGAAAGUUUUAAGUAUCUUAAAAGCUGAUAAGAAAUCGUUAAUGAAUAAUAGCUUUCCUCUAAUAUACUACACAUCUGAACAAUUUUACCAUUCAAUACAAGAUAUUAAAAAUGAAAUUGAAAGCAGGGGUUUUUUUAUCAUAAAAGCUUGGGAUUUUAAUAUUACAACGCUCAAGAAUAUCUCGCAAGCUCUAAAGACUAUUCAAUCUCAUGUUCGUUCUGAUUAUGAUAGUAUUGUCAGUGAAUCAGACUCGAAGUAUUCUAGCUGGAAAAAUUUUAAAGAAGAGUAUCAAGGUAUAUCAAAAGAAGUGGCUAUCUUCCCUCAUAAAGAUGGAGCCCAAACUACAAUGGUAAAAAUAUCUUCCCCUAAAAUACUUUUGCUUCAACCCAUCGAAUAUGAUGCUGAGGGCGAUAAAAUCAUAUUUGUUGACGGCAAGAAAGUAUUGGAAUCAAUCUUGACAAAAAGACCAAAAUUGGCUGAGACUUUAAUGAAAGCUGGAUAUAUAGCUUUUUGCAGGGAUAACCAUAUAUCUAUGAAUUACUCUGUCUAUAAGCACAUGCAAGAUGAUAGCAUACGUGUGUACAUUUUCGAUAAAGUUGUAAAAUUCCUUCAUAACAAUUAUCAUAUGAAUCCAGAAUACCAAGUUAAAGUCUACCUUAAAGAAAAGGAUCAUAUUUUAAUAGUGGAUAAUCAUAGAAUUUUGCACAGCCACGAUGAAUUUGCUGGAAAUUGUAAAUUACGUCGAGUUUUGUUAAAUGAUGAUAACCCUAUUAUUCUUAAAAAUAGUUGCACUACUAUGCCAUAUGCAUCUUAUGUACCACUUAAUAAUAAUUACGCUUCCAAAUACAAGAAAAUAAAUACAAGUAUUAGAUUAGACAAAACACUUCAACCUCCUAUAAUUGAUGGAAUUCGGAAGCCAUUAAAACCUGGAGGUUAUAGUAAUAGCGGAGCUGAUAUCGCCUAUUCUUUGAGAUCCAACAAUAUUCCUAUAGUUACCCCUGUUGAUAAUUCUAGUCCAACUUCUGAUUUGGAUUGGGUUUUUCCUGACACAGAAGAAGGAAUAAGUACUGCCAUUUCAAAAGGUGCAAAGACUCUUUGGGCAAAUACUCUUCUCUUCAAUAUUCAUCCAUUGAAUCAUAUGAACUUUAGAGAAGAUAUUAAGCUUGUUGGUCAUCUUCCAUCAGAUGUACACAAAUAUAAUAACAAAUGGUUUGCUAAUGAAUUAAUCAAAAACAAUGGAAUUUUGGUUCCUCGUGCAAUUCUUAUUGGAAACUCUACAUAUAAUGGUACAUACCGAUUGAAUGAUAUAACCUUGGAUAUUUUAAAUAUGAAAGGCAUCCGAUUUCCUGCUGUUGUUAAACCUAUAUGUGGCCGGGGAAGUCAAGGCGUUAAAAAGAUUGAUUCUAUUGAACAAAUGAAAGAACAUGCAGAAAAGCUUUUAUCCACUGGAACUGUGAUUGAUGGUCAAUAUUGCUUUGAGUAUGGAGAUACUUUAAUUCUUGAAGAAUAUUUGGAAGGAGAAGAGAUCACAGCUACCAUUAUGCCUCCUGGAAUAUAUGAUAUUAAUUUUAAAAAUGCCAUUUUUAAUAAAUAUUGGCACUUACCAUUAGUAAAGAGAUUUAAUCAUAAUAAUGGUAUUGCUCCAUAUAGUGGAGUUGUUGCUGUAAUUGAGAAUAGUACACUUAUUAGCAAUGAAGAAGCGCAGAGUCCAAUAUAUAAACAAGUCGCUCAAGAUUGUGAAAAAGCUGCACAAAUCAUGAGGCCAUUAGCUCCAAUUCGUAUAGAUUGCCGCAGAAUAACAUCAGAAAAACCAUUUGCUUUGUUUGAUAUAAAUAUGAAACCCAACAUGACAGGACCUGGCCGCCCUGGACGUAAUAUUCAAAGUAGUUUAAGCUGUAUAGCUGCAAAUGGCAUAGGAUGGAACUAUCCAGACCUUCUGAAGGCUAUGUUGC